CGGCCGGGGACGAGGAAGAGCUGGACAGUGGCAGGAUGAACUCUCUGGAGAUGUUCUCCACAUAUGACAACAUCACCUCUUUGCCACCUCCCACCACGUUAGUAACAGCUUUGGACAAUGUGACUUCUGCACCCUUGACAACCGUACAGGUUUUUAAUGACACCAACAUUACUGCUCCACACAAGUGCUUGUUGUUAUUGUAUGAAGAUAUUGGAACAACCAGGGUCCGUUACUGGGAUCUUUUGCUGCUGGUUCCCAAUGUGCUUUUCUUUGUGUUUCUCCUCUGGAAGCUGCCCUCUGCUAGGGCCAAAAUCCAUGCUACAUCCAGUCCAAUCUUCACCACCUUCUACGUACUAGUGUUUGUGGUAGCUGUGGUCGGGAUCGCUCGGGCUGUUGUCUCCAUGACUGUCAGCGCCUCAACCGUUGCAACGGUUACUGACAAGAUCCUGUGGGAAAUCACAAGGUUCUUCCUUCUGGCCAUUGAACUGAGCAUGGUGAUCCUUGGCCUGGCAUUUGGUCAUCUGGAGAGCAAAUCCAGUGUCAAGCGUGUGCUAGCCAUCACCACGGUUCUGUCUCUGGCCUACUCUGUCACUCAGGGAACUCUGGAAAUCCAGUACCCUGAUGCCAGACUCUCAGCAGAAGACUUCAAUAUCUACGGCCAUGGCGGGCGACACUUCUGGCUUGCAAGCUCCUGUUUCUUCUUUCUGGUUUAUUCAUUGGUGGUGAUUCUUCCAAAAACUCCCUUGAAGGACCGCAUUUCUCUACCAUCAAGGAAGAGUUUCUACAUCUAUGCUGGAAUUCUUGCUGUGCUGAACCUGGUGCAGGGCCUGGGCAGUGCUCUCCUCUGUGCAGGCAUCAUAGAAGGGUUAUGCUGUGUCGACGCCACGACCUUUCUCUACUUCAGCUUCUUUGCGCCUCUCAUUUAUGUGGCGUUCCUGAAAAGCUUCUUUGGGUCUGAGCCAAAGAUCCUCUUCUCCUAUAAGUGCCAGGUGGAUGAGCCUGAGGAUGUGGAUGUGCACCUCCCGCAUGCCUACGGGGUGGCCAAGAAAGAAGGCCUGGACUCCAGCUUCUACUCCAGCACCCAGAUCGACACCGCAGCCUACCUGGAUGACAUUGCCUCCAUGCCCUGUCACGUGGGCAGCAUCAACAGUGUUGACAGUGACCGCUGGAAAGCCAUCAACUCCUAAGGCAAACCCACUUCCUCUUUUCUUUGAAGAAAGCAUCUCUCUCAGAUCCCUGAGCUUUGUCACAAAUUUGCC